AUGGCUGUGGGCCUGCAGGUUGUGGGUCUGAUUCUGGGCGUGCUGUCGUGGUGCCUGCAGUCCAGCUGCACCUCCUCCCAGCUGUGGAGGGUGAGGAGCCAGGCGGAGUCGGUGACCAGCAGCCAGCGGCAGUUCGAGGGUCUGUGGAUGAGCUGCGCCGCCACGUCCAUGGGCUCCAUCCAGUGCAGCCGCUUCAAGACGCUGCUGGGCCUGCCUGCUCACCUGCAGGCCUGCAGAGCCCUGAUGAUUCUGUCCCUGCUGCUCGGCCUGGCCUCCAUCAUCGUCUCCAUCCUCGGACUCAAAUGCACAAAGAUCGGCCGGACGUCGGAUCGGGUCAAGGACCAGCUCGCCCUGAGCGGAGGGAUCCUGUUCAUCCUGUCUGGAACCUUCACUCUGAUCGCAGUAUCCUGGUAUGCAGGUCGAAUAAUCCAGGAGUUCUAUGACCCGUUAUACCCAGGAGUCCGGUUCGAGCUGGGGUCUGGGCUGUACCUGGGCUGGGCCGCCUCCACUCUGGCCUUGGUGGGAGGAGCCAUGCUGUGUUGCUCCUACAGGAGGACCUCCUCCUCCUCCUUCUCUCCUCCUGCUCGUCACUUCUCGUAUUACUCGUCUGGCAGUGGAGGACCGAACAUCUACCGGGCAGCGCCUCCCUCCGACAUCAGCUCCAAGUCCUACGUUUGAGCCCCAGAGAGGACUUCAGGGGUUCCGGGCAGGGCCCUGGAGGGGGGGCAGGGCCCCCAGGGUCCAGCAGAGGACACAUCCAGGUUUCUAUUGAACUGAAGCAGAUUCAACACCAUCAUCAUCUUCAUCACCAGCACUGUUCCCGAUUGAUUCUGAAUGGAGACACUGACUGCAGUUCACUGUUGAACCACCAGAGGGAGACAAACUAUUAACAAAGUGUUCUAAAACAAGUGGCGCAAACUUCAACUCCCAGGAUGCACCGCUCCCAGAACCUGCAGGGAAAUGAAACCUGGAGCAGAGAAAAAGUUGAUAUUUUAAUAAAUUGUAAGGAGAAAUGAAAAUCCGUAGAAAAUUGUGUGUAAUCCUGCCUUCAUAUACGAAUGAAAUGUGGUAAAUGUAAACAUGAUUUUUAUUGAUGAAACUGUUUUUCAUUCCAGUUUGUUUUUGACUCUAUUCUGCCAUCAUGUUUUUAAUUUACAG